AGAGACGUAUGCGAAGGGCUACAGAUAUUCAUAUAUAAGAAUCAUAAGAUCACUAAAAUUUCUGUUCUUUUUCUGCAUCACGAAUUUAUGAUGUUUAGAUAAUUCAAUUUCAAGUUCUUCCUAGUCGAAGUUCAAAUUCCAGAUUUUCGUUGCAUAAUUCUAUCGACGGGAUCAAUCGGCGAUCGGCAUGGGAUUUUUGGUGACAACCCUAAUUUUCGUGGUGGUUGGGAUCGUUGCGUCCCUUUGUACCAGAAUCUGCUGCAACAGAGGCCCCUCUGCUAAUUUGUUGCACCUUACAUUGGUUAUAACGGCAACCGUGUGCUGUUGGAUGAUGUGGGCGAUUGUGUACGUUGCUCAAAUGAAACCACUUAUAGUGCCUAUUUUGAGUGAAGGAGAGUAAUUCUUUUUACAAGUUCUGAAGUUCUGAGUACUUUUAUUGGUGUACUUCAAAUAUGAAAUUGCAAAUCGGCCACUGGAGAAUAUUGAUUUUUAGGGCUUGUGGAUCCAUCAGCUUCUUCUCUGUUGGGUGCGUGUAAUUUUGGAGCAGUGAACUCUCAACUUUGAAUUUGUUAAUUGAUAGCAGUAUGUAACUUGGAUGAAAUAAUUGUUGGAAAAUGAGUGUUAUUUCUUUUUCAUUUCAUAUACCAGAUCAGAAUACUACAUUCUCUGAAUUCUGUUCUGUUGGAAUAAACUUUGAACGGCAAGUUCACACAUUGUUCAUUUGUUCCUA